UGUUUCAGCUGAAUCAGUUGCCGAACCUCUCUCUCUCUCUCUCCUCUGAAAAAGACUGUUUCUUGUACUUUCGAAAACGCUACGCCCUAUACUAUUCUUAGAUUUUGGCGCUACAAUUACCUGCUCUUGUUCGUAUUCUUAUCUCCACGUGUCAGAUAUCCAACGGAUGCAUUACUGCCACAACACUGUUAGAAGGAUGCGGUUAUUUUCACUUAUAUUGAGAAUGAGAAAAGAAAGUAGAACGCUUGUGAUAUCUGCCGAUCUUCUUUUCAGAAUAAUUAAAACUCUGGUCAACUAAGACAGUACGGUAGUCUGCGACGGAAAUAAUGACACGUCAUGUCUCUGGUGGAUGCAAGCAUUUCGUCCCGGGACCGAGCCAUAAAAGUUAACAGAGGUUUCUUGUGGGAUCAGGCUUUAGGCAUGGCGGCAAUAUAUCUCCUCGAUGUGUGCGCAUUCAUUUUUAAGAGAUUAACACCGAAAGCCCAUUGAUUAUAGAUGGGCUGAGAAAGUGAGCUCACUUUCUCUAACGCAGAUUUCCUGGCAAAUUACUUGCUUGUUCAUAUCAUAGUUGUAGGAAGAAGAGAGAGCCAAUAAACAUGAGAAAAAUGACAAUGCUCACCACGAAGCCCUCCGUGGCAAUCAAAUGGGCCUCCACCAUCCAUGCACUUUCUUCCCCUCCGAGUUUCCACAUUGAAACUAAAGAUCAUCGAACGCUCUGUAGUCUUCUUGAAUCUUGCAAACGCUCUCUGGAUUUUAAAAUUGUUACGGAAAUCCAUGCAAGGAUUGUUAAACUCGGUUUUGGAACUUAUCCAUCUGUUAUAGCUUCUUUGGUAUCAGCUUAUAAGCAUUGUGAUAGCCUCAGUCUAGCUUAUCGAUUUCUGGAUGAAGUAUGGAGCUUUAGGUUGGUGAGUUUGAACAUGAUUAUUGAAGCUCUGAUGAAAAUUCAAGAAUGCCAUAUUGCCAAGAAGGUAUUUUGUAAAAUGUCUGACCCAGAUGUGGUAACAUGGAACUCGAUGAUCGGAGGUUACAUUAGAAAUGAACGCUUUGAGGAGGCGUUAAGGCUCUUCAAAGAGAUGCUUGGCUCAAAUGUUGAACCAGAUAAGUUCACAUUUGCGUCGAUUCUUACUGGGUGUGCCCGCCUUGGAGCUCUUAGUUAUGCUCUCUGGGUGCACAAUGUGAUGAUUGAGAGAGCAAUUGAACUAAAUUUCAUUCUGAGUUCGGCACUUAUCGAUAUGUACUCAAAAUGUGGUAGAAUUCAAACGGCAAAAGAAGUUUUCAACAGUGUAGAACGUAGUGAUGUCUCUGUUUGGAAUGCAAUGAUUAGUGGGCUAGCAAUUCAUGGACUUGGUAGAGAUGCUAUUGAUAUUUUCUCAAAAAUGAAGGUGGAAAAUGUUUUACCUGAUUCUAUAACAUUCCUUGGACUUUUAACAUCAAGUAGUCAUUGUGGUAUGGUUGAAGAAGGUCGCCAGUACUUUGAUUUGAUGCAAAGUCAAUACUCUAUUCAGCCACAACUUGAGCAUUAUGGAGCUAUGGUUGAUCUUUUAGGUCGAGCUGGACAUGUUGAAGAGGCCUUUAGCAUAAUAACUUCAAUGAAAAUGGAGCCUGAUGUGGUUAUAUGGAGGGCCCUUCUUAGUGCUUGUAGAACAUACAAAAAGCCUGAUCUUGGUGAAGUUGCCAUUGCAAAUAUAACUCGUCUCAGGGGUGGGGAUUAUGUGCUACUAUCAAAUAUGUAUUGCUCCCUAAAGAGAUGGGAUAGUGCUGAGAGAGUAAGAGAAAUUAUGAAAAAGGAAGGUGUUCGUAAAAAUCGGGGAAAGAGUUGGUUGGAGUUAGCUGGUGUUAUUCACCAGUUUAAGGCGGGUGAUAGAUCUCAUCCUCAAACAGAAGCAGUAGAGAAAGUAUUAGGAGGUUUGAUACAAAGAGCUAAAUUGGAGGGAUUGCUUCCUGCAACAGAAUUGGUUUUGAUGGAUGUUUCUGAAGAGGAGAAAGAGGAAAAUCUGUAUCUUCAUAGUGAAAAGGUGGCUUUGGCCUAUGGCAUCCUGAAAACUAGCCCAGGCACAGAAAUUAGAAUUUCAAAGAAUCUACGAAUCUGUUAUGACUGUCAUAGUUUUAUAAAAAUAAUUUCAAAGCUAUUAAAUAGGGUCACUAUUGUGAGGGAUCGGAUCCGUUUUCACCGGUUUGAAGGCGGUUUGUGUUCUUGUGGAGACUAUUGGUAGUUAAUAUAUCUCCUGAGCUGAGCGUCCACUGAGUCACUUUCUAACAACUAUAUGAGAACUUUUAUGCUGCUACUACAAUUUUCAGCUAUGGGGCAAACCUAACUGACAAAGAAAUGCUUGAUGUUCUGAGGGAUCCAAGAAAAUUUGAACCUCGCAUUCUUGAGUAUUCUUCUUGAUAGCUGAGAGCUGCCUGCUUUGUUCGCUGAAGUAUUUGGAGGUGCUGUUAAGUUGUUUAACCACUUCUCAAAGUCCAAACCCAUGUCUUUGCAGGAAGAAUGAAGUAGAAAGGGUUUGAUCAUGCAAUAUACUAUUGGAUCAUUAGACCAGGAACAUGGAUGAAUGGGCUAUUUUCUGAUUAUUGCUUAUCAUAAGGAUCAGUUGUCUGUUCUGUAGGAUUUAAUGCUAGUUGGGUUAUGGUUGAAAUCAUAGAACCAGUAACUCUUCAUGGGAUUUUUAAAUCCCAAUCUUCAUCCUAUGAUAUCGAAAGCUGAUGUGUAAUGUAUGGUCACAGGAAUUCUUAUUUGUUCACAAACGCUUCUUAUUCCAUUGAAAUUAAUUUACCGACAUUUUUUUUUUCA